AUGAGUGCUGCCUUCGCAAGGGGUGGUGCCUACGCACGGAGUGCUGCCUUUGCUCAGAAUGCUGCGUUUGCACAGAGUGCUGCCUUCGCAAGGAGUGGUGCCUUCGCAAGGAGUGCUGCCUUAGCACAGAGUGCUUCCUUUGCAAGGAGUGCUGCCUUCGCACAGAGUGCAGCCUUCGCAGUGAGUGCUGCCUGCGUAGUGAGUGCAUCCUUCGCUAGUAGUGCUGCCUUCGCAAGGAAAGCUGCCUUUGCACAGAGUGCUGCCUUCACAAGGUAUGGUGCCUCCGCACAGAGUGCUGCCUUCACACUGAGUGCAGCCUUCGCACAGAGUGCUGCCUUCGCAAGGAGUGCUGCCUUCGCAAGGAGUGCUGCCUUUGCACAGAGUUCUGCCUUCGCAAGGAGUGCUGCCUUCGCGCGGAAUAGUGCCUUCGCAAGGACUGCUGCCUUCGCAAGGAGUGCUGCCUUCGCAAGGAGGACAACCUUCACAGGGAGUGCUGCCUUCGCAAGGAGUGCUGCCUUCGCAAGGAGUGCUGCCUUCGCAAGGAGUGCUGCCUUCGCAAGGAGUGCGGCCUUCGCAAGGAGUGUUGCCUUUGCAAGGAGUGCUGCCUUUGCAUGGAGUGCUGCCUUCUCAAGGAGUGCUGCCUUCGCAAGGAGUGCUGCCUUCGCAAGGAGUGCUGCCUUCGCAAGGAGUGCUGCCUUCGCAAGGAGUGCUCCCUUUCGCAUGGAGUGCUGCCUUUGCACAGAGUGCUGCCUUCGCAAGGAGUGCUGCCUUUGCACAGUGUACUGCCUUCGCAAGGAGUGCAGCUUUCGCUCGGAGUGCAGCCUUCGCUAG